UUUAUCCCCCUUCGAACCCGAACGUCGCCUAGAGACAUCUCGGCGGCAAGAAGCUGCACCUCAGAAGAAUCUCUUGCCCAUCUCCCGGCUGACGUGUGAAUCUUCGACGGCAGUGCUGGGCCCCCACAUCAAAAUCCGCACCCUCGCCUACAACCCCCUUUUUGGGAAGCCACCGUUGUUUCCCUGUAACUCGGAUACUCCACCGGCAUCCCCGGCCGAAUAUCAACGUACCUUGUCACCAGUCAUCGCUUUGUGGCCAACUGAAUCCCAUCCAGCAGCUGUACCGACCAUGCCGCUCAUACCAGUCUAAAUUUGGCAAAUCCCUUUUUAUCCUCCGCCUGCCAGGCACCCCCAGACCCGCGAAAUACCCGUUUCCGCGGCACUGUCUCUCUUUCGCACUCCUCCUCAUCAACACUUGGAUUUCUCGGCCGGUUGCAGGAUGGCAGCCAGUAACGGCCAUCGUUCGAUGGAGUCUCGGACAGGUCGCACCAAGCAACGUUACAACACAAAGGGCGAACGGCUGGUUGCUGGGGUUGUUCCCUUGACGGAGGAUAAGAAAUUUGUCAUGCUAAUACAGUCCACCCGGCGGAAAGGCUGGGUGUUGCCAAAAGGAGGAUGGGAGACAGACGAGGAGUGCACAGAAGCUGCGAUCCGUGAGGCAUGGGAAGAGGCCGGAAUCCUGGUCCAGAUCGACUACGAUCUGGGCGAAAUCACAGAGUCACGGCCCCCCAAGAAAAAGUCGUCAUCCUCCAAGGAUAAGGAGGCCCACAAGUCGCUCUACCGCUUCUACGAGGCUACCGUCAAAAGUGAGGAGUCGGAUUGGCCCGAGAAGGACAAGCGCUUGCGGACGUGGAUGACCUACCCCCAGGCGAAAGAAGCCCUCAAAGACCGCCCGGAAUUGCAGACCGCUUUGGAUAGGUCAACAAUGGAAAGGUAGCCGACGUGCAUGCUGCGUCGAGGGCCGAGGGUCGAGGUUGUGGAAGUAGCCCCUCGCUCAAGCCGCAGCUCUGCAGACUUUGGAACACUGGGCCACUGUUGAAUCCGCUCCCUGU